AUGUCCGAACCCAGUGAGACAAGCGGCCGCCCAUUAGCUCCACCCACCAAGCAACUACAGCGACUUGAAGACAACCCUCUCCAUCAAUCCACAUCAACCCACACCAAGCAUCGCAAGCCGUCGCAGUCAUCGGAUGAUCGCCUUAAAGGAUCCAAGACUACCAACGCUUCCCGUCGUCGUGGAAGCCUUAAACAGUCUCUACCCGACCCCCACACCGGCUCCUCCCGCUCUAAUCAACGGUCAACUACCAGCCCUACCAACAUGAUGUCUCAUCUCUCAUCUGUCAACUACACAAGGACAGGCCGCGUCAGCAAAGCGAAGAAAGGUUUGAAGGUGCACAACUGCGAAAAUUGCGGAAGGUCAUAUACCCGCGCAGAACACCUAAGACGACAUCAGAAGAACCAUGAUCAGGAUGAUGCUCUCGUAUGCGAAUUCCCCGAUUGCGGAAAGAUCUUUCAUCGAAUAGAUCUCCUGCACAGACACCAGGAGCGGCACAUAGAACCCGGGAAUGAGUCCCGCCAGCCAUCUGUCGUCAGCCAAGGGGAAUCCCCUGAAGAAACUCAUACCUCUGUGCCCGGUCUUGUACCCUCAAGCAUCGCGGCCAUCAGUCUCCCUCCAACUCCAUCUUACUACACUCCGCAGCCUGUCUCCCCUCUGCAUGAGACGAGUGCACUUCCAAGGUAUAAUUACAAUCCGUUUCGUACUCCUCGAAUUCCGCGAACCCCUCAAGCUCCGUCAAGUUUCAAUCAUGUUGUUCGUUCUUCUCCAAGUUCUACGUCCGACCCCAACUACACCAAGCAGCGAGCUUCCUACUCUGCUCGACACCCGGUAGCGGUCCCGAUGCCAAUCGAUGCCAUGACGCCUAAUCUCAGCUGGAGUGAGUCCUACAGUCAGUCUCCCGGGUACUCCUCGUCUGAGGGUUAUGCUUCGCCCAUUCCGGGUCCCGGUGACUACACCAACGUCUUCGCAAACCCACCAUAUGGUCCCGGUCCGAAUCGGACACGCACCUCCUCGAAUGCAUCGUGUAUUGGAGAAUGGUCGUAUCUAUCACGAUCUCCGACUUCCACAGCCUCAAAUUUGGCGUAUGCGUGGUCCACCAGCGACAAGACGCCCACUGCCCCCGGCCUUGCCUAUAUGAGCACAUCGUAUCCCAUGACGAGCAUGCCUAUCUCAGCCGGCAUUGAUCCCAUGUCUAUAUAUGGACACUUCGAGCAGAAGACACUGAUGCAGCGGGAUGAAGAAGAGGGAGUAUUCCUGUUUGGAGAGCAGCCAUACGGUAUGGGUCCAGUAACACACACCCACCUGUUUGAACAUUGUCUUGACUAUUACUGGAGGCUCUUUCAUCCCACCUUCCCCGUCGUCCAUCGAUCUACCUUUGAGAGCAUGAGCCCGUCGCCAAUGCUUCACGCCGCAAUGAUUGCUCUCGGCGGCCAAUACUCGAACGAUGCGAGCAUCAAGCGAAAGUCGAAAACUCUUCACGAUCGGUGUAAGAAAUUGCUUGAACAGAGAGACCAAGAACGACAUCUUGUGGCAGAAUCCGAUCGAUUGUGCGACUACCAAGCCAUGUUCCUUAUUGAGGUAUACUCUCAGUACCGAGCUCGCCGAGGCGCAAACACCCUGUCCCCCCAAUUCGAAAGAGUAUACCGCAAAUCGGCCGAGGACUUCAAACCCCUCAUGUCGCAAAUCAUUGACAUUGUCUUCCCGCCCGAGCAGGCCACAUAUGAUCGAUGGGUCCAAUGGAUCAAGCUCGCGACUUGGCAGCGUCUCUUUCUCUCAUGCUACAUCCUGGAGUCUCAACAAGCCGUUCUACUUGCGCGCAAGCCCUUACCGUCAAUCAUACAGGAUGCUGGCCUCGAUCUCCCCUUCCCCACACACAACUCUUCAUGGGAAGCAACAAAUCCAGCUGAAUGGGCCUUUGCCGUCCACCAGUUUUCUCAUUCACCUAGAUACGUUUACGAAGUCAACGCCGACUCGAAGGUGGCGCCCUUUGACUCAUUCCAGUCCUCUGUGCUACUCGCAGCGCACUACAAUCGUUUCGAUGCCCCCACGCCGUACUUAUCUUUGCCUUCAACAUUAGACAUCGAACAACUCCUCGAUACAUCCCCGAAUACAACGCGACAGAUUCUCACUGCGAAGCUCGUGCAGGUAACUCCCAUUCGCGCCCUAUUAGCUGUCUCAGGCGAGUCAUGGGUUCUAUCCGAGAAGGUCUCUUCUGCACAGGCUUUUGCCGUUCAGAAGACCACUCUUCAGGCAUGGCUUUCGCAGCUCUGGUCCACCUCUGUAGGCGAGGCAUAUACUGUGGCGGUACAAGAAGCUCUAAAGCUCUCCAUCGAGAUCUUACAAAACGCGCUGAAAGAGCAACAAAAGUCAAUUACCCCUGAGAUGGGAACUGAUAUGGGCAUUUAUUUUGCAUCCCUAGUCUUAUGGGCUAUCACGACUGCGGCAAAUACCCGAACCAAGGGACCCCAGAAGACGGCACAACAGCUACCUCUCCGUCGCCAAUCGCAGUCACCGCUCCCUUUUGGCCCCAACUCGUCGGUAUCCUUACCACCAACGCCUAAUCAUAUACUGAAUUCUUCUCCAAGCCAUCCGCCACCCAUGACACCGACUUCCACCCCAUUCGGACCCAUCUUUAGCCCGCCAAGCUCGCCCGUCUCGCCGCCCUCGCUGGACUGCAAUACGAUGCUGUCACACACUCAAAUUACUAUCAACACUAUUACUUUCCUCUCCACGGCCCUGCUGGACCUUGGCUCUUCUGAAGGCAUAUCCCAGCUGCCCUUGAACAUCGCGCGUUGCCAAACGGGCUGCAUCAGCUUGCUUCUCUGGGUCAAGCUCCGCCUCCGCGGUGUGUCUCUCGAGGAUCAGAAUGGCUUGGCAGAUGACUGGACAUGCACUCCUGGAGAAAGCCUGGGAGAGCUGUUGGACAGUGUGACGGGAUCGCUUGAGAGGAUUCUAGCUCGUGGUUGGAACAAGUGGGGCAUCUGA